AUGUAUCUCAGUCAGGAAACCGAUCCUCCACAAGGUACUGUGGUGUUUCUUUUUCCACUAUCAGGCGUCGAUCCCACAACCACCACGUUACAGUUAAAGAAGCACCUCAGCUUUGAUGGGCACUGCUGGUCAGCCACACAGGCUGUAACCGGCCGGACCAACCGACAGCGGGAACCCCGUCUCCAGUGCUACUGUCUUGAAUUUAAAGUUUACGGUUAUAGCUUAAAGUUGAUGUACGGCCAUAAUGAUGUAUAUUAGCGCCUCUGCCAAAUGGUUCUCUCAUUAUUUUAACUUCCUAGGGUCGGCUAAUGGUAAUGCCCAGGAAGAGAUCGCUGAAUACACGGGUCUCACCACUCUCCGAUGUCCUAGUGUUAGCUAA